UUAGUCUAUGGUUGGUGUUUGGAUUGGAUAGUGGUUAAUUUUCGUCUUGUAUGAAUAUUGUGUCGAGGGAGGUUUUGAACGUGAAUAAUACGUGAUUUCUUUGUGAAUGUAAUUAUUGAUAUUAUAAAUGGUGCAGUGAUUAAAAGUGUCUCUUAAUUUGCAUUUAAUUAAUAUUUAUGUGAAUAGUGGACUAAGUAUAAGUAAAUUCACUACUUUGCCGGCUUGUUAUGAUACCAAUGAUAACCAAGGUUGGUUGAAACCUAGCUGAAACGGUUUUAAUGAAAAUCAGGAACAUAUGCCGACUGUGUAGCACAAAGUUCAAACAACACUAUUUGAAAUAGUUUGGAGCGUUCUAAAUUUAAAAUGCGCGAGUGUGAUUGGUUCGAGCGCUCGGCUUACCAGUGAUAGUGAUGUGUUGUGUCGAUAUUGGUUAUCGAUAAUGGCGACGAUGGAUUUGACUAACGAGGUGGUGCGGUUACGCGCCGAACUCGAGAAAGUAUCGACGGAGCGGGAUAUGCUGCUGUGUGAGGUGUCGAAUUUGCGGCGAGAAUUGGAACUGAGUGAGCUGAAAAACUUGCAAGAUGACAGCUUCUCCCAGAAGGUCGACGAGGAGGAGAACAGCGGCGGGGUGACUCUUCACCCCCCGGACGGGUUCUACUCCCACCAGCACAAUAUUCACAGCGGACACCAUGCGCACCACGCGGAGCCUGACCGCGGUUACAUGGAAGGCAACAGAUAUGUUACAGCAGUUCAUCGACCUAUGCCUGCUCUAAACCAUUCAAACUCGUCAUGCUCGUCUGCCUCGAAUGCGUCGACCGGUGCAGGACUGUGCGCGGGCGCAGCGGAACCGGCACCGCCGCUUUAUAUCGCCGCGCCGCCAGAGGGCUUCGGAUUGGCUGUUCAUACCAACAGGCGUGGCACAGACGUGGGGAUCAUUGGCAGUACUGGGAUAGCGCAAAAAGAUUCCAGUUUACCCCAAAAAAGGGGGAAACUUACCCGAGGUCGGUAUGAAAUGUCACAAGAUUUGUUGGACAAACAAGUUGAGAUAUUGGAGAGACGUUACGGUGGGUUGCGCGCGCGCAGAGCCGCGGUGACGAUCCAACGCGCGUUUAGAAGGCGGCAACUUCUAAAGAAAUUCAGCGCUAUCACUGCUAUGGCCAAGGCAGCCGAUUCGAAUGCUCGACGGAUGCAGGAUGGCGAUCAUUUGAUGAUUAACGGCAACGAUAUUUACGCCAAUACGAUGCUACAAAAGAGCCCUGGGGGUGUGGAGAAAUCUCUGGCCCUCACCAGGCCAAUGCGGUCCAUGUCACUCCGGGAGAGACAUGAUGUCGACUUGGGCAACCACAUCGGCUGUGACUCGAACGAUGUGGAUGCUAUGGUGGCCAGGGUCCAGCAGUCGGCGCAUCAAAUACACAUGAUCGCGAGUGAAAUACCGCACAGGGGAGACGCAGAUAGCGGAGUGUGCAGCUGUUCCGUGAGCGGUUCAGUGACAAAUAUAUCGACUUCCUCGUCUCAUAACGAAUCUCUACACAACCACCAGUUGUUGAAUAACUCAGGUCCAAUAUACGGGAACCUACUCUCCUCCGGUGGUAAACCACUGUCGUCCCCAACAGCGCGGCAACAGCAGCAGCUAGCCGCAAUCCAGGCGGCAAAUGCGAGACGACAUCCGCCGGAAGUGCCAAAACGGACAAGUAGUAUUACACUCAAUGCGGAAAGCCCCGUGUCGCUCCGAAGAGCGGAGUGCGGGGGUGCGGUGGUGAGAGGGGGGUCUAUGUCCUCCGUACAGUCCUCGUCUUCAUCAUCGUCUCAGGAGCACAGGCAUUACCAUCAGGUGUACCAACCUAGGCAACAGGAGCCACACAUCCACAUCCAAGAACCGCAGUUCCAGCACACUCGUACUGCGUCUGGUACGCUCUAUGAAGCUGACAGGUUCAAUGUCUGGAAAAGACAGGACGCUCCGCCCUACUAUGAAGCACCGCCUGCCGCUGCCUGUUGUCGACCGCAGCAUGAGCACCAGCAUACCCAUCAACAGCCUUUGAAGGUAUCAGAAACUGUACGUAAACGUCAGUAUCGCGUGGGUUUAAAUCUAUUCAACAAAAAACCAGAGCGUGGUAUUGGCUAUUUGAUCUCACGUGGUUUCCUGGAGAACUCUCCGAGAGGAGUAGCAAGAUUCCUUAUCACCAGAAAAGGGUUAAGCAAGCAGAUGAUUGGGGAAUAUCUUGGAAACCUGCAGAACCAGUUCAACAUGGCUGCGUUAGAAUGUUUCGUAAACGAGCUGGAUCUGUCCGGUAUGGCGGUUGACGUGGCACUGCGCAGGUAUCAGGCGCAUUUCCGUCUGCCAGGGGAGGCACAAAAGAUCGAGAGGCUGGUAGAGGCAUUCGCAAGGCGCUACUGCGUGUGCAAUCCAGACUUCGUACAGAGGCUUCGUACUCAGGAUACGAUAUUCGUAUUAGCGUUCGCUAUUAUAAUGCUAAACACCGAUUUGCACACACCGAAUCUCAAACCGGAAGCUCGAAUGUCGCUCGAUGACUUUGUUCGCAACUUGCGGGGCAUCGACGACUGUGGAGACAUCGACAGGGACAUGUUGGCUGGCAUCUACGAGCGGGUGAAGUCGAGCGAAUUUAGACCCGGCAGCGAUCAUGUUACUCAGGUGAUGAAAGUCCAAGCUACGAUAGUGGGUAAGAAGCCGCAUUUGGCCCUUCCUCAUCGUCGCCUCGUGUGCUAUUGCCGUCUGUACGAAAUACCUGACAUACAUAAGAAGGAACGCCCGGGAGUUCAUCAAAGAGAGGUGUUCCUAUUCAAUGAUCUCCUGGUGAUAACCAAGAUAUUCAGCAAGAAGAAGUCGUCAGUCACCUACACGUUCAGGCAAUCAUUCCCGCUGUGUGCGAUGUUGGUGAAUCUCUUCUCGGUUCCACAUUACCCGUUCGGAAUACGUUUAUCCCGUCGUGUGGACGGACGGAGACUGGCAACAUUCAAUGCGCGUAACGAGCACGACCGUUGCAAAUUCGCUGAAGACCUGCGCGAGAGCAUCGCGGAGAUGGAUGAAAUGGAGGCCAUGAGGAUCGAAGCUGAAUUGAAUAGGGGAAAAGGCAGGGGUACUAAUAAUAGUGCUAGGAAUGUUAUGGAGAAUCGUGACAGUGGAGUAGCGGAUGUGGAAAUCGAUCACCAACAAUGUAUUGAUCACAUGCAUGCUCACGGCGUGGUGCCACCGCCCCCCUCGUGCCCUGCCCCCAUGGCCCCCCGCCCUCCUGGUGGCGGCUGCCCCCCUACCGCAGUCAUCAAGAGGAACGUUCUCAGCAACUCGCUGGUUGACAUCAAUGAUCCUGUGGCCCUCGCAGCCGAGCGGCUGCAGCGCCGUGGGUCAGUGGGAUCCCUGGACAGCGGCAUGUCCGUCUCCUUCCAGCAGGGAAGCCGCACUGCUCUACACGCUACGUCACCGCGACAUCCACCCGAGCAGCGGUCGCCGGGACGUAUAUUUGGCGGUAUUUUCCCGGGACGAAUACGCAAACUGAGCACUUCGGGCAUCCCCGACACGAAGAGCCAAGUCGGCAAAAGCACAGAAGUCUAAUCGCUCCGGUUUUCGCUUUGGUUACUAUUCGAUUAUUCUGUAAAUCGAUUCUGAUUGUAUUUCUUUGCGCGAUUAUCGAAUGUUCCUAAUAUGAACGGAUUCGAUCAUUUCCAAGUGCCAUCCUAAUUCCUUUUAGAUUUUAGUAGCUUCUGAAAGCUGAAGCACAAACCUCUCGCUUUUACUUAAUCGAAUUGUAUGGGAAGGAGUGAGAUAGCAUUAUUUGUGACUUGCUCUUCGGUGACCGGUUAGGGAUUCAGGUUUAUACGCGUACUUUGGUUGAAGAUUUUAAAAUGUAAAAUAACAUUGACGGAAAACGGUUAGCUGAGAUGGGUCCAUCUUUUAAAUGUCAUUUACUGUAGAUCGAAAUAGACAACUAUUUCUACGAAAUUUGGAAUGAAUAUAACUUGACAGUUAUCGUGUUGCUUUUCUUCACUUAAUAGAGCUGUAAGGAAGGCAGGGUUCUGACAAAAAAAAAAUCUGGAAUGGCUCAAAAAUUUAGUUACCAAAACGGUUAAGCAAAAUUAUCCAUAGCGCUAUUGAAAAGUUCACAAGGCUUGGUGUUAGAGUAAUUUGUACAUACGUUGAGAAAUUCACUACAAUAGUUUAACGUUACUUUCGGCACAAGGUCAAAUAUGGUUCAACUUGGCCAUAUGUGGCACAUUUAAACGAAUUUAUUCGAUCAUUGUUGAAAUUAUUAGAUUUAGAACUUAAUAUCUCGUAUUCUAAAAUAUUGAUAGUCCAUUCCUUUCAGUCCAUUCAGAAGUAUAUUUAUAUAGACAUUAUUUAUCCGAUUUAUUUUUACAACUGUGUUACCUUGGUACCAUAGAACGUAGAGUAAGAUAAAUUAUCUAUGAAUCGUCGUCACGUUUCCGAUCAUAAACUACUUUAGUAUACCUCUCCUAUAUUCCGCCAUUUUGUUUGUCCAAUUGCCUCAUCUCAAACUAUACAGGUUUUGUGAUACGAUACAAACAUCGUUCGUUCAGUUUAGUUCCAAAUAUUCAUACGGAGCGUUGCUCAAGUGUUUCAUACAAACAUUUGUAUAUUUUCGAUUUGCGUAUUGUUUGUGCUAAGGAACAUUUUCAAAUACUAAAUAUAACCUAGAUUGUUGACUAGAUGAAGUUGAAUUUGUAAUAGGCUUGUUAAUUCUACUAUUUGAUACGGAUCGUAAAGUUUUCGUGCCAAGCGGUCGUAUAUCGUCGAACCGCUUGAAUAACAAAGGCCGCUUGGCUAUUGUUGAUAAUAAUUUCUUUGAAAUUCAAUAUUUAAGAAAUUUUCCUGUUUACUCGACUGACUUAGCCAUUCGUACAAUUGUUGUAUACGUUUUUGUACUUUGCGCUGUCCAUUUUAACGUGAAUCUCUAUUUAGGGUAAGUAUUUCAUGUGUGACCACGGAACUGCUAAAAAACUCUUUCUUAAGUACAUUUGAAACUGUGUAAUAACGUACUGUUUUUCGAUUUCCAUUAAUUGACCGAAUAUUUGUUGGAAGGCAUUGCAAAGUGCCGAUUCUGAUUUAAAAAAAAUCAUCUCUAAUUCAAUACAUAACUCCAAGAGGAUUUUGAAUAUAGCAGGGUUACUCUGUAAACACGUAAAUUUU